AGUAAUGCCUUUGUUCAGGAAUAUUCAUCACAAUCCUGACUACUUUCUACACCCUCACAAAUUUGAUCCUUCAAGAUUUGAGGUUGCUCCAAGGCCCAAUACAUUCAUUCCAUUUGGCAGUGGGGUCCAUGCCUGCCCUGGUAAUGACCUUGCCAAGCUUGAAAUCUUGAUCAUGAUCCACCAUUUAGUCACCAAAUUCAGGUGGGAAUUAGCAGGACAGAAAGAUGGGAUUGAGCAUGGCCCAUUUCCAGUUCCUAGGGAUGGGCUUCCUAUCAGACUCUGGAGAUUAUCAAACUGAUAUUGGGCCUCAUUUCACUAUAGCCCAAAUCGGGUCCUCUUAGUGAAAAUGGGCCGCAUUUGAGUAAGCCCAAAAGGGUUUUUUUUUUUUUUUUUUUUUUCUCUCUUUUUCGCUUUCUGAGUAAUUGUCACAUUUUGUCGUGUUUUCAUGGAGUAGGGGGACUGUUCCUAAUCUUUAUGCAUUCCUUUGGUUUAU